AUUUUGCUUUUCUUUCUUUCUUUUUUCUUUUCUUUUUUUUUCUCCUCGUGAUGUAUCAAAACAACCUGACGCCUGACAUGGAUUCAGUCUCCCCCACCUGCCGGGCAGAGUCUCCUGUCGGGACACUCUGCCAGAAGACGCCAGAGGAGGCGAGCUCUCCAGCGUCCUCCACAGAGAGCAAUGCAAAGGAGGUCUGCCAAGACAUGAGCACUGAAGACACUCCAUUUGUUCCAACGGUUACAGCAAUUUCCUCUACCCCAGAUUUCCAGUGGAUGGUCCAGCCUACGAUUAUUACAUCUGUCUCCCCGUCUCUGGGUAGCAAGCAAGCCAAUGAACCGCGAAGCUCUCACCAGGCAACACCCAAAGCGGGCGGGAGUAAGGGAAAAAAUGCUGCCAGAAAGGGGAAAACAGAGCAGCUGUCUCCUGAGGAGGAGGAGAAGAAGAGGAUAAGAAGGGAGAGGAAUAAAAUGGCUGCAGCAAAGUGUCGCAACAGAAGGAGGGAGCUCACAGAUACACUGCAAGCUGAGACAGACAAGCUGGAGGAGGAAAAGGCUGCCCUGGAGACCGAAAUAGCCAACCUAAUCAAAGAGAAAGAACGGCUCGAAUUUAUUCUUGCUACACAUAAGCCGGUGUGCCAGGUGUCAGAAGAGCUUGAAUCCAUUUUCCAAGAGUCCACAGGGUCUCCAGGCCUACCGCCCAGUCCAGACGAGGACAGGAUUCCAGAGGAUGGCACGCAAGAAGCUCCAUCACUCCAAGACAUGGACGAUCCCAGCGAUCCGUCCACAGCCAUCUCUGGGAACUCGAAUAUUUUGCUGUGUGCAAGUGCUGAAAUCAACAUCUGUGAUCUCGAGCCCUCCCUGGACCUUAAGGAGGGGCUACUGGACAAUAUUUUACCCACACUGGAGGAGAAGACUCCCAUGGAGACAGCUCGAUCCGUGCCAGACAUAGAUCUGAGUAGCUCUCUCGGGGUCUCAGACUGGGAGACUCUGUAUAAGUCGGUUUCCAGCGACCUGGAGCCUCUCAGCACUCCCGUGGUCACCUCCACCCCUAGCUGCAGCAGCUACCUGUCUGUGUUCACAUUUGCGUGCCCUGAGCUGGACUCUCUCACAGAGGGACUAGACAGCCAUAAAGGUGGAGGAAGCAAGGGCGAUUCUGUCGACAUCCUCAACUCUCCGACUCUCCUAGCCUUAUAAAAUGCAAAGAGGCGCUGAUCUGUUUGAUCUCUUUCUGGUCUCUCUGUUUGCAGGUUCCCGACGUUGAAAUGAUAUGAACAACGUAUGCUGUAAUGCUUCAAGGAACACAUUCAUGAAAAGUCUUGUACAUGACUAAGCAAACAUAUAAACUGUCUUCAGAUACAUAGUCAACAGAGUGAUGUAGCUAAAAGCAUGGCUUUUAAUUUAACCGAAAGGACUGAAGUAAGUUUUGAUUUUAAACGCAUGCUGAAAAAUUCCAAAUAAUUUUCAAAGCUCAUAUCUGAUCUGUUACUAGAUCUAAGCUGUAACGUGGAAUUUAAUGUAACAGUAUGGUUUUGUGUUUUUUGGUGUCAGUAGUGUACUGAUUGAUGUAAAUGUAUUUACAUAUCCAUCUAAGUACCUGCGUACCUCAUCAAGUGUGGUUUGACCUCAUUGUUAAAAUGUUGAAAGUUUUCCAUGAAAACAUUCAGUGCUAUAUACUAUUAUAUAUAUAGAUAUAUAUAUAUCUUAUCAAGAUGUAACUUAUGAUUUAUUUUUUUACCUUUCAGACUUUGACUUAUUUGUUUAAAUUAAAAAAAGUAAAAUGGGCAUAUAUUGCUUAACUAUGCUGCUGAAUAACUACAAUAAAUCUGCGUUCACAGUG